UCAUAAUUAUCUUUCAUACUUAUCUUUCAUACUUUCACUUCUGUAUUUAUGUUCAGAGUUACCUUUUUCAAGUCGUACGACAAUUCUACAUCGGAAAAGACAAAGAUUCGCUGCCAUGAUCGCAGUCAAUUUCGUGACUGUGUUUAUCGUGGAUCUGACGCAAUAUUACCAAGGAUUGCAAUUCUCGUGUUGCUAAGGACUAUAAAUAUGAAACAACUCGCAAAUCGAUAGAAAUCAAUACGAAUAUUACAUAUAGUACCAGUAUAUAGUAUUUUUACAGGCUUAAACGAAGAAAACAACGACAUACCAGAUGAAAAUACUAUGCGUUACUUACCCCCUUCCCCACCCCCUGACAUAACUAGGAAAACCCACGGCACACCUCCUGAUGUCCUUUGUCCCCGCCCCCCUGGUCACCCUACGUUGGACCUUGAACUGCGCGCUGAGGCUAAUGGGAUCUAAGGACGAGACGAGGGCGAGACAUUAUUCACGAAAAGUCUAUUAGUGUGCUGUCCGGCCAAAAACUGGGUUUGAACGCGAGUUUUCUCCUUAUCAGAACUCUUAAUCCAUCUGUUCCUGAAAACAAAGCCAUGUGGUGUCCAAAGGGUGUUGAAAUAACUGGUGAAAUCAAGCCAGAAUACAGUGAAAUUCUAUCACAUGAAGCCCUGGAGUUUCUUGCUGAUUUGCAUCGCAGUUUUAACUACCAGAGGAAAAAGCUGCUAAGAAAACGACAGGAAAUCCAAGCAGAAAUAAACAGUGGGAAGCAAAUUAAAUAUCCUGAAGCUCACCAUGAGAAGGAUUGGAAAGUGGCACCUGUCCCACAUGAUCUGCAGAUGCGACAUGUGGAGAUCACAGGACCAACAGACUGUAAGAUGGUAAUUAAUGCCCUGAACAGUGGGGCAGACAUGUACAUGGCUGAUUUUGAAGACUCACUGACUCCCUCCUGGAAAAAUAUUGUUGAAGGACAAAUAAACCUCUUAAAUGCAAACAGGGGGACCAUUAAUUUCAUCAAUGCAGAUGGAUCAGAGCGACGUUUGAAGGACAAAACAGCCUGCUUGUUGGUUCGCACCCGUGGCUUGCACCUAGAUGAGAAACACAUCCUUUGUGAUGGAGAACCCAUGAGUGGUGCACUGGUAGAUUUUGGACUUUACUUUUUUCAUAACGUCCACAUUAGGCUUGCCAAUGGCUCUGCUCCAUACUAUUAUCUUCCUAAAAUGGAGACUCAUUUGGAAACAAGGCUUUGGAAUGACGUGUUUAAAUCUGCUCAGGAUUACAUGAAAGUUCCUCAAGGAACCAUACGAGCAACUGUUAUGUUAGAGACUCUGCUAGCAGGAGUGAACAUGGAAGAAAUGCUUUAUGAGAUAAGAGAGCACUGCUGUGCCAUGAAUGCUGGAAGGUGGGACUACAUUUUUUCAGCAAUUAAAAGAUUCUCCAGAAAACCUGAUUGUGUACUACCAGAUCGUAAGCAGAUAUCAAUGACAGUACCAUUCAUGCGAGCAUACACAGAACGUCUUGUUCAGGUGUGCCAUCAGCGUGGAGCUCAUGCCAUGGGUGGAAUGGCAGCUUUUAUUCCAAGUAGAAGAGAUGAAAAUGUCAAUAAGAUGGCAUUUGAAAAGGUCCGUCAGGAUAAGGAACGGGAAGUGGCUGAUGGAUUUGAUGGCACCUGGGUUGCACAUCCUGACCUUGUGCCUUUUGCAAAGGGGAUCUUUAUGAAGGGCUUGCAUGGUGCCUCCCAUCAAAAACAUCGCCUUCGAGAGGAAGUAAAUGUCAAGGUUGAAGAGAUCUUGUCAGUUUCUGUGCCAGGGGGAAAGAUCACUGAGGAAGGAGUGCGAGUUAAUAUUGGUGUUGCUCUUCAGUAUCUGAGCAGCUGGCUGUCGGGAAUUGGAGCUGUUGCCAUACACAAUUUGAUGGAAGAUGCAGCCACCGCAGAAAUUUCACGAGCACAACUAUGGCAAUGGUUGCGUCAUGGUGUGCGACUUGAGGAUGGACGCCCCCUCACCCCAGAGUUUUACAAAACUUUGCACAAAGAAGAGCUUGAGAAACUUGGAGGUCCAUCCAAAAGCCGUUUGGCACAGGCAUCUCACCUUUUGGAUAAGUUGGUACUCUCUGAAGAGUUUGAAGAGUUUUUGACAUUGCCAGCAUAUGAACUUCUUGACAACCCCUCAGCCAAGCUGUAGAUUUUCAGUUAUCAAGCUUUAUCCUACAGCAUGAAUGUUAUUAAUUGCUGUAUUGGGUUUAACAUGGUGUAUAGUUGUCCAGAAAUUCACCAAUGUCACUAACAACCAUUGUCUGAGCUCU